AUGUUCCCUGCCCUUCAGGGAGUCGAUGGGCGAAGUGUUCGAAGCCCAAGACUGGUUCGACGAUCAAACUCAGUUGGCGAAGAACAGACAACCAUUGAGUACGAGAGGUCUGAGAAUCAGAAGACUGAGAGUGAAAGUAGCAAGGUCGAUGGUGAGAGUGUCAACUCUUCUUCUGCAGAGGUAGAAUACCUCAAACCAACUGUCUACACCCCGAAGAAGUCACUAGAGUGUCUCAAACCUACGGUCUACACUCCUCCAACUUCGUCUCGAGAGAGCCAUCGAGCAAGAUCUGGCGUGGCCAAAAGAACUGCGAGAUCGACAAAUUCCAGAAGCAGGACCAGAUCCCCCAGGCGUACAUGGAGACCCCCUACUCCUCAUCCAGAAGGCAAGCCACGAGGACUGAAGUCUCAUCGUUCAACUACCCCUGUCAACAUGCCAACACGAUAUCUGCCUUCUGCGCCUUUCCCGCCCCUUUCUUACAGCCAGUGUUACCCUGAAUACCACAGUCAAGUACAUCAACAUAUCGACUACCAACCAUUCGUGUCGCCGCACAUGCCGCCUCUUAUGGUACCAUCCAUGAUGCCGUUCGCAGCCUGGCCUAUGCCUCCAGCUCCGUGGCAGAUGCCCUUGGCUCAGCCUCCGAAUACCGGGUGUCCCCCCGAUUACGAAUGUCAGUUCGAACGUGUAUAUGGACCUCUGCCCAAUGAAGAUGGCGGUGCACUCUACGGACCGCUUCCUCCACAGGCUUAUCUCCAUCCUCAGCAGCAAUCUCGGCCACAAAUACAGCAUCAGAGCCAGUUAGGAACAGAGUACGAUACGCAGGAGCAGUCUAAUUGUCGUUCGUCUACCGAGAAGGAUGAUCGAAGCCGCCCAUCUCAUAUCAGGUCGGUCAAAAGCCACCAUGGGCAAAAACCAAGCAUGUCGAGUCCCAUUCUAACCGCCAAUGGUCCUUCUGGUGCCACACACUUGAAAACGCAGGUUGAAAAGAUUAAGCAGGAGAGCAGAGGUAUGAUGUCGGUGCCUGCUGGUAAAGACUGCCAACUUCUCGGUGUUGUUUGCAAGGAUGACACCAAGCGGGAGCAGAUCGGCAAGGAACUUCGAGAGGUUGCUGAACAAACCAAGACCACCGGUUUCAUUCCAACACGACAAGUUAAAUCUGCGCAGGGUUCUCCCAGCGCUUUGAGAGCUGCCAAGAUCAACAUUAAACGGGAGAACCAAGCUCAUUCUCAGGAAAAGUCUCGAGGUAUAGAUCAGAAACCUAGCACCCCGCCCCAGAACGCUCCCACAGGCCCAGCUUCUACACGCACUUUGGGUCAAUUGUUCAGCGCAACCGUGAAGAACACAUUGAACCUAAAUGGAUCCGAGUCUGGCGCUUGGUCUCAAUCCAAAAGUUGGACCAGUUUCGCUACAAAGGAGCGCCAGGCCUUUCAGAAGAUGGUGGCUAACCUGCGCUACAUGAGCGCUGACCAAUCCCCAUUUGUUCCUCAAAGCCCGGCCGAGCUGACGGCUUUCAAAGCUGCCCUGGCGGAAUCAAAGACGAAGAAACUUGGACAAAAGGUACAGCAGCGUCUUGCGGAGACCAGCGCCAAAGAUGUUGAAGGCACCAAGGAUAAGAGCGGACCCACGAUGAAACUCUUGGGUGGUAAGAAAUUUGAGGACCAUCUUUCACCUGUUUUUGCAGCCGUUAACUGCUUCAACAAAGCACGAAUGAUGCCACCUCAUGGGGCCGAGUGGCCGUCCUUUGCAGAACUGAAGGAAGAGGGAGACAAACGUGCUAAUCGGGAGGGCCGAUGUUUGCCUCUUCCUCGAAUGGGUUUUGUGGCUCACAGAUUCUCGCACUGGGAUGAUGAAGCUUAUGACUCGGAUGGGUCAAUUCAUUGGGACAAGAAAGUCGUCCAACUUAAACUCGGUUCUCUUUGCCCUGUCACCGGGCACGAGCCUUCUAUACUCCCAUCACCUGAGCUUCAAACCGACGAGGCUCCGUUCUUACCUUCUGAUUUGCUUCAUGAUAUUGACAUGGUCGGUAUCGAGAAAGAGGAGAAUGAGGAGGAGAAAAGGGGUGGAAAGGGUUCGAAGGAGAAGAAAGCUGAAAAGAAGGAAAUUUCAAAGUAG